CUUCUCCGAAAUGUGUUAUGAAGUUUAAAUCGUCCUUGUAUUCACCGCCAAACAAAAAAGGCACAGAUAUGUGUCAGGCAUACCAAUGAAUAUCACUCGAAAUGACAUCCCACAGUUUAAUAGUUGAGUUAAUCUAUACGAAAGUAUUCAUGCUUCAAUAUAAGUAUUGUAUUCUACCAAAACAUUGCGAUUGAGUUUCAUUUCAUACUUUGAUAUAUUAACCAUUUGUGCGUGCAUGGUAUUACUGAUGAUCAUUUCAGAUUCCCAGCAGAAACCACAAAGCCAAAAUACUCUCUGCCACGAAGUGAAGAGCGCGUCUAUUGCGAUUCCCCACCUUAUGCCCGGGUUCAUUGCUAUAUGUGGAGGGGUGGGACCAGGACGUUGACGUUAAUUAUUGGAGUCUUCAAAUCCUGUUGUUCAAUAUUGUUGUGCAACAUGGGUAUAGUGGCUAAAAGAUGGACGAACGAGUGACACGAGAUAAAGCGCAAUAAUUUCCACGCGUUAAUUUGAGCGGCUGGGAUUUUGGCAUUAGCGGUGAUCGAUAAUUAUGAUUCCGUCGCCGGAGGCACAUGGUAGCAUGGCGUGGGUAUUGGUUAACACACUCCAAAAUCCGGCUUUCAUAAGUGGCAUUGGAUGUGGCAUUUUAGUGAGCUGGUUAUGGAUGAAAUUUGGGAAGAAAGAGAAGGAGGAAGGCACGCCGACUGACACUAAAGCAAAGUUAACAGUGCCUGAAGAGGUGUCUGGUUAUGAUGAAGGGGAGUACAAGAUGAUCCUUGUUGUUAGAAAUGAUUUGAAAAUGGGGAAAGGAAAGGUUGCUGCUCAGUGUGCUCAUGCAGCGGUUGAUGCUGUUCGUCGCUGUUCAAGUGCCAAUCCUCAUAUAUUAGAAUGCUGGCAAGAUUGUGGUCAACCCAAAAUAGUUGUGAAAACAGAUUCUGAAGAAGACCUUAAGCAUUUGGCCACAGAUGCAAGGCGGCGGGGAUUGGUUGCUGCUAUAAUAACAGAUGCUGGUCGUACACAAGUUGCUCCCAAUACGAAAACCGUUUUGGCUGUGGGUCCGGGUCUUGCUGAUGAAGUGGACAAAGUUACUGGCCAUUUGCGAUUGUAUUGAAAAGGUUUUUCUGUUUUGCCAUUGUAAGCUCAUUGUGAUGAAUUUACUGGAUGUUUAGUGUAUGUUACUGAUGAGGCAAAUUUAAUGUGAAUGCUUUUUUUUUUUUUUUAAAUUUAAAUUUGUGACAGCGUUUUUAAACGUAGACGAAAAAAAUUGGAAGAUCAAGUUCAGUAUUGUGAAAAUUUCAACUUCUGUUGCAGUGAUUAAACAAACUUUCCCUCCGAUUGUCAAUGUGGUAACAAUUCUUAAAAUUUCUUGUGCAAGUAUGUGUAAUAGUGCUAACUACAGAAUGUAAAAUGGCUUUGUGAGUAAACUGUGAUAAUUAAUUAAUGAUUGUGAACAGUUGUAUGAACAAGGGACUGCAAAUAUUUUGUAAAUGAAUAAUGUAGUUGUUUUAGUUUUUUUAAUUCAGAAUUGAACUGCAGUCUUCUCAGUUUCUUUUGUAUCUUUACUAAAAUGUAUAAUAAAAUUAUAAGAAUUGUUGGUAACUUUCUUGAUUCAAUAAUUUAUUACAUUUCAUCUUACAUUAAUGAUCACAAAUUUUGUUAGCAAGAAGCUAUAAUUUUGUAAUAAUUUUUGUAAGCAUUGUGCUUGUUUUGAUUUAUUGAACGAAUAGUCCAGUUCUUUGAUUUGCCAAUUCAACUUUGUGUUAUUUUCUACUUGUCAUUAAUUUUAUUAUAUUUAUUUUGUCAGAAUGUAGUUUUGUAAUAUGUGUUCACAUACUCCUGUGUUAAGUUGCAACAAAAGUUCACUUCACUUUUCAUUUGAUUUUCACUUCAUAAGUGAAAAAAAAAAAUGAAGAAAUAAAAUCUUAUUUUGAAGAAA